GCAUCUUCUCGGACAAAUAUGGUAAUCAUACCGAACAAAAGUUACAAAUAAAAGGUGAAUAACGAGUAUGUAAAUGAUUUUUCAUUCAUGAUGACAUAAGAUAUUCAACAAUUCGCAAUUAUGAGUGAACAAUGAUGGAAUGAGCAAUUAAGAGAGUUUCAGAAUUUGUCUUCGCAUGUACAAUGUGUGUCUUGAACAACGUUGAGGUGUGGACAGAAAACACAUGGAGCAAAAUGGAGAAAUAAAAAAUUAUUGUUGUUUUUUUGCUUACAAUAGUUAAUAUCUUAAGUUUUUCUAAAAGAAAAGUGAGGAUAUAUAUAUGUUUCAAACAUUUACUUGAAAAGAAGUGUUUCAAAUUCAAUUGAUUAGAUAUUGAGUUAAGCACCAUGGGAAACUUAGUGAUUGAAUUUUUUAUGUGUACUGAAAAGAAUAGGCAGAAAAAGUUCAAGGACUUGAGUAUUUAAGUUUUAUAAUUGUAAAUGUGUGUUUGGAAUAUUUAUAGAUUCAAGCUUCUAAAUGGAUGUUAAAUUACUUUUAGACAUUAAUUGUACACUUGUUUAAUUAGACGAUAUAAAGAUACGUGGAAAUUACAAAUAAUAAAUUAGUUCAACAAGUGAUUAACAGUUGGAGAUAAUUAUCUAAAUUUGCACUAAUUAAUCAGUGACAUAAAUGAUACUAAAUUAUUAACAAUAAUGGCACAUAGAUAUCCAGGACAGGGUUAUCAACCCCGUGGUAAUAUGGAUAACAGAGGUAUGCAAAACCGAGGUAGAGGUAUGCCAAACAGAGGAAGAGGUAUGCCAAACCGAGGUGUAUCAAAUAGAGAUAUCUCUAAUCAAGGAUUUAUGCAGAAUGAAAGUGUGGCAAAUAGGGGUGGCCCAUCCUGUCAGAGACUAAAUACUAAUGAAGGUUACCAACAAAAUCCAGGCAUAUCUAGCAGUGACAUGCCUAGUUCUGGGGUAAACUUUAACCAACGUUUUCAGUCCAAUCUGAAAAAUAACAGAACACAACCCAAUCCUGACAUUAAUCAAGGUGUUCAAAGAAAUUUGCCAAACAGGAAUAUGUCUAACCCUGGAAUGAAUAGGAGCCAGGGUUAUCAACAAGAUAGAAAUAUGCACAAUAGAGACAUAAAUGAUUCUGGUUUUAACAAUAACCAAGGCUAUCCAACAAGUAGAAAUAUGCCAAAUACUGAUAGGGGUAAUUUUAACUCAGAAUUUAACACAGACAGGCAGUUUCAAACAAGUCAAAGCAAUCCUAUAAGGAACACAAACCAAGGUUUUCAUGCAAAUCAAGAUAUGUCUAACAGAGGCAUGUCAAAUCCUGGACUUGAAUCAGGCCAAGGUUUUCAAAAUUAUCCUAAUAGAACAAUGCCAAACAAAAGAAUAAGCACACAUGAAGGUUUUCAAGCAAAUCAAAGUUUAUCAAAUAGAGGCAUGUCCAAUCCUGGCAUAAAUACUAACCAAGGUUUUCAUCCCUCUCAUGAUAUGUCUGACAGGGGCAUGUCCAACCAUGGAAUAAAUGAAAACAAAGGUUUCCAAACAAAUCAAAGUUUAUCAAAUAGAGGCAUGUCCAAUACUGGCAUAAAUACAAACCAAGGUUUUCAUCACUCUCAUGAUAUGUCUGACAGGGGCAUGUCCAACCAUGAAAUAAAUGAAAACCAAGGUUUCCAAACAAAUCAAAGUUUAUCAAAUAGAGGCAUGUCCAAUCCUGGAAUAAAUACAAACCAAGGUUUUCAUCCACCUCAAGAUAUGUCUGAAAGGGGCAUGUCCAACUUUGGAAUUAAUUCAAACCGAGGUUUCCAAGCAACUCAAAGUUUACCAAAUAGAGACAUGUCAAAUCUUGGCAUAAAUACAAAACAAGGUUUUCAUCCACCUCAAGAUGUGUCUGAAAGGGGCAUGUCCAGCUUUGGAAUUAAUUCAAACCAAGGUUUCCAAGAAAGUCAAAGUUUACCAAAUAGAGGCAUGUCCAAUCCUGGCAUAAAUACAAACCAAGGUUUUCAUCCACCUCAAGAUAUGUCUCACAGGGGAAUGUCCAACUAUGGAAUUAAUACAAACCAAGGUUUCCAAGAAAGUCAAAGUUUAUCAAAUAGAGGCAUGUCCUAUCCUGGAGGAAACACAAACCAUGGUUAUCAAGUAAAUCAGGAUAUGCCUAAUAGAGAUAUGUCCAAUUCAAGAAUAAAUACAAAUCAAGGUUUUCAAACAAAUCAAAAUAUCCAUAGCAAUAGAGGAGAAUCUGGCCUUACAAUGAACAAUCCUCUGGUGUUUAAUCAACAUAAUCGGCAAACACCUCAAGAUAAUUUUCAUAUGUCCGAUAAAAAACCUUCACAAGGUAUUGAUAGGUUUCCAAUGCACCAUGAUGCACAGUUAGAUGGGAAUUCUCAAAGGCAGAUGAGUUCUGUUAGCAUGCAGCAAGGUUCAUUACCCCAAAAUACCAUGACACAAGCCCCUAUUAUCCAGCAUGUGAUGAUUCCAGUGCCAGUUCCAGUUGGGACUGACAUUCCUCCCCAUUUACUUAGACCCCAAAUUAUCACCUCCUCUGGUCAAGGCAUUUCUAGUCAAAAUCAGUUUACGGGGUCUCCAAUUCCUGGGAUGCAGCAUCAGGGUCAAAUCACAAAUAUUUCAGGUCAAUUCCCUGUUCUACAAGCUCAGUUUCAAGGUCAUAAUCAAGCUCUAACUUUGCCAGAUCAAAGAAAUCUGCCGGGAAAUUCUGCCCAAGGUCAUAUUCAUGCCCCAAAUACAGAUAUACCAGCAACUAGAUCUAGUGUCAACGAUUUAAACUAUUACAUUGGUAAUGAAUCAAGAAAUAUUCAAAAAGACCGUUCGGUAGACAAUCUUCAUAGCUCAGUGGAACAUGACUCCCGCAACAACCGCCAACGAAUACUUCAUGAUGAAAUGUAUGAAAACAGAGAUGCACAUAAAGAAGAUUUUAGGCGUGUUUCUCAAGAUAAAUUUCAAAUGAGGCAAGAAGAUUCUGAAAGUGAAAGGGUAAAAAGUGACCGUUCUAGGAGCCAAAAUUCUAGUAAAAUUUCUUCAUAUGCAUCUGAUUCUUUAGAAAGGCCAGGACAUGAAGUUUCAAGAAAGUCAAGUGAUACUCAAAUGUAUGAUAAGAGACAUGUUGAUUCUUAUAGGAAGCAUGAUGAUUAUGGUGUGAAAAAUAAAGACAUUCCAAGAACUGGACAAUAUGAAAAAAUUGAGAGAGAUGAAGUAUUUGUUAGUCAUAAUAGAUUUGAAAGAGAACAUAAAACUGAAAGGCAGAUGGAACAUGCAGCAGGACAUGAUUAUGAUAGGGAUAGAAAUAAAACAUAUGAUAGCCAUGGUCCUGAUUGGUUAUCAGACACUUACAGAGAUGUCCAAAAAGUAAAAGUGCAGGAUUCUAAUGAUUUUAGAGGUAAACAAAGGAUGGAUCCUGAAAGACAUUCAGGAGCUGUCCUUUAUACUGAUGGUAAAUUAGAUAAUACAGCUGCAUGUAGUGACAUUCAAAGGAAUUCUAAAGCUAUUCUUUACACAGAUGGAAAGAGACAAGAUUUAGAAAGCAGGGGAAUUGAGCAAUAUGAUAGAGAUAAAAGGAAACAUAGUCCAGUCCCAGUAGAAGUAGCUAGGAAAAAGGUCAAAAGAGUAUAUAGUCCGGUGUCUGAUAGUAAAUCCCAUGGGGAACUGAAAAUACAUGUUAGUGAUAGAGGAAGGUGGAUUGAAGGUGAUCAUAAUUUAAGUCCUGUUUCAGAUAAUGCUUAUGAAGAUGAAAGAUACAAUAUUGAAAGAAAAAAAGCUGAUGAUUUUCAGACAAAGGAAGUAGAAUAUGACCAAGCUUCCCUUGAUGGGGCAGAAAUGGUAUCAGAUAGUGAAAGUUAUAUAGGCGAUGUGAGUGAUACGAAGUUAAGAAUUACUGUACGCGAACAAAGUCCUCUUUCACAACAUUCUUCAAGGUAUCAAUCUAGUGGAGUUGGGAAAAGGUCUGAAAGUAAAAGUUACCUGGAUAAAGAAAGAGUUAGUCCAAGUCGCUCUAAUUAUAGUAGAAAUUCUGAGGAAAAAAGAAGUCAGUCUGAUCGCAGCAGGCAUACUGAUAAUUGGCAACAAGAGGGAAGAAAUAGUUCAGAAAGGUGUGAAACUCAUAGACAUUCAAGUGAUCACAGGAGUGAACAUGAUGAUCAAAAACCACAUUUCAAUUUAGUUGUUCCAGAUUUAUGCAGGCCUUUUAACCAGAAAGGAUGUUGUCGAAAUAGUUGUGCAGGUCUCCAUGUCUGUAAGUUCUUCAUAAUUGACCAGUGCAAGUUUGGUGACCACUGCUCAAAAGGCCAUGAUUUGUUUAACAGCCAGUCACUUGGUGUUUUAAGUAAACAAAAUCCUGGAAUAAGACGCAGUAAUGCAACAGCAGAAGAAAUUAAGAAGGUUAUAAAAGAAAGAAUAAUAUCAAAUACCCCUGCUACUAGGCUUACUCACAACCCUUCAAAAGAAGUAUCUCCGAUCAAAGAACCUUUCAAUGAAGUGGUUGCAGCAGAUCCAAGUUUUGAUGCAAGAAAUUAUGCAACUGGAAAUGUUGUAGAUGCUAGAGAAAAAAUAAAUAAGAAAAAAAAUGCUUUUGACUCAAGCAAAGAAAAGAUUGAUAAAUCAAAAACAAAUGUUGACAAAGAACAGGGAAGUACAGGUAGUAAAAAAAGAAAGUCUGAAAAGAAUUCAAAUAAGAAUGACAAUUCAAGUAAAAGUAAAUACAAACUUAAUGAUGAAAAAUUCAAAGAGAAAAAUUUAAAGCAGAAACAAACAGCCCAGAGUGAAAAUGAAAAUAUGCUCAGCCCUGUGUCGGGUGAUGAAGAUGAUUGGGAAAAGUAUGAGAAAUAUGAGCAAGUCUCUGAUGAUGGUAUGUCAGAGAAGGAAGACGGAUUGGACAAUGUGAGCUCAGAUGAGUCUAGUGUUGAGCAGGUACAGGUCAAUAGAGCUGUCAGUAGCUUUCCUCUUCCAACAGCAGAGAACAUUGCUGUUCCUAUAGGAAUGAACGAUCCAUUAGUUUUCAACAGGCCGUUGAAAAAGAACUCUCAGAGCUAUAUAGGACCAAUGAACAGACCUCCGCCCAUGUUCCCUUUAACUGGUGAAAGCAACACACCUUUAUUUCCAGUUGUUCCGCAGAACCAACCAGGGUUUACAGGAAUGUCAAUACCUGCACAACUGCCUAACCUACAUGUACCAAACCAUUUGCCAUCACCUGAUUUCAUGAAUCAAGUGAUUAAAAGCCUUCCACCAUUCAAAAUUGAACCUCCGGAUCAAAAAAAUGUUUUUAAGAAUGACAAUAAUCCUCGUAGUACUGAACUUGAUUUUCCAAAGAAGAAAAUUAAGACAGAUAAAGCAGAGAAAGAACCAGAGUUGAAAGAAACAAUAAAGAAGCUGUGGAAAUUUCCACAUAAAGGAAUAAUCAAUAUGUCCAUUAUUGAGUUUGUGACUGAAACAGAAGCAUACAAGGAAGAAUUUAUUGCAGAGAUUGUUAAGAUUUUAGUAACACUUGAACUGCCUUAUGUUACUAUGAAAAAAUUGUUGUCAGUUAUAAAGGAAAAAGUGUCAAUCAAUGUUAAGUCUGAAGCUGAUAUGCGAAAAAUUCUUGAGAUGUAUCCGAACAAUUUCAAAAUGAUGGAAAUGGUAGACUCAGAUGAUGAAAGUGAUGAUUUGGAGGCAAAGAAAAACGUUCAAAUCAAAGCAAAUAUAGGUGUAGGGUUUUGUGAAAAACAUGGAUUUUUACCAUUUGCUAUAGGGAAGUGUGAAUGUAAUGCACUGCAUUUGUGUAAAUUUUAUUUCUUAAGCGACUGCCCAGUGAAACUGUGCAAAUUUGGACAUAAACUUAAAACGGAUCAUAAUGUAGCAGUGCUAAAGCAGCAUAAGCUGCAUAGACUAACUGGUGAAGAGAUAUUGAAUUUCUUAGCAGACACAGAUAAUAGAAACAAAGAAAUGAUACCAAACAUUUGCAAGUACUACAUCCGAGAAAAAGGCUGUUAUAAGGGAGAUAAUACUGAUUUUGAAACCAUAUGCCAUAGUUUACAUUUAUGUGCAUAUAUUUUAAAAGGAAAGUGCAUGAAUCGUGAGUGUGAUCGCUCCCAUAGUAUUCAUGACAAACAGCCACUAAGUUUACUGAAAAAGUAUGGACUUGAUCCAAAUGAAUUAGGGGAUGAGAAAGUUUUACUGAUGCUUGGAGAGAAAUGUAUAGAUACUGAUAAAGGAAAAAGAGUAAGUGUAGUGAAACAAAGCCAGGGGACAAAAAAUAGUAGAACUACAGAAGUGGCAAAGGACAAUAAAGCAAGCAAAGCAGAUUCUAGAAAGAAUGCCGGUGAAGGUUUGAUUAUAGUGACACAUAGUGAAACAAGACUGUCGUCAAAAUACUUUGUACAAAAUUUCAAAGUACCUGCUGUUUGCAAGUUUUAUCAGAAUGCACUAGGCUGCCGUAAAAAGGAUUGGGGUGCAGCAGGAAAAUGUUUCUUUCUGCAUGUUUGUCAACAUUAUGUGGCGGGUGAUUGUAACUAUGGAGACAAGUGUAAACGAUCACAUGAUCUUUUCUCUGGUCAAGCUGCAGAAAUUCUUGAGAAAUAUAACUUUGACCUUGACAGUCUUACCUCCUCAGAAAUUCUGAGGAGACUGAACAAUAAUUCUGGUGCACCAGUGGAGUUGCCAACAUCUGAAAAAAGUUUAAACAUGGACAAUGAAAACGCAGAAAUCACUAUUGAUAGUGUUGGUGAGCCCGACGAUAUUGAUUUAUCGAAUUUUGAUGUUUCUAAUGCUUUUAUGGAAGUUGAAAAAUCAACAGUGAAAGAAAAGGGUGCUUCUUCUUCUGAAAAAGAAGGAAGACAAGGAGAAAUGAACAAACACAAAGAAACUAGCAGCAGUUCAAAGACUGGUAAGGCCAAGUCUACACCAUUUGCAAGUGGCAAUGUUGAAGAUGUUAUUAAACAUAUUAUGGAACAUAACAAAGUGGAUAAGAAAUAAAGACAAGUGAAGUGUCUCCGGUUCAAUAGAGAAAAUGGCAAUGAGUUUACUUAAGUCUUAAGAUGAAAAUUUAACUGAAAUGGGAAUUUUUUUUGUGUUAAAGAAUAUUUGGUAAGAUUGAAGAAAUACAUGUAGAUUAAAAUGAAUAAUUAGUAUACCGAUAAUUUAUGCAGUUUAAGUCAUUACUAAAAAGUUGAUUACAUCAGUUUGAUUACAUAAGGAAAGCAUAUUAUGCUAAUUUAUGCAAAUGUGAAAUGAAAGUUGUAUUUUGUGAUUGGAUUUUAUUCAAACUUUUUGGAUAUAUAAUCAAUCUCGAAGGUUGAUUACGAUAAGCUGGGAUUGAGAUAACCAUGGGUCUUUUUUAUUAAAACCGAUUUUCAUCAAAGACCAUUAAUUUAUUGGGUAAAGCAAAAAAGCAUGUUGUGUUACAAAUUUAGUAAGACCAAAUGAAGUAUUCUAUGUGGAAAAUGAUGAAGUGUCAUAACUCAGGAUUUGGGAUAAAGCAGUGACAUUUUGUAACAUUAUUUGUUUGCAGCUCUAGUGAAGUGUAUGUAAAGAAUUUACAUGAAUUUCAUAUAUGGAAUAGUUGUAGUGUUAUGUCUAAUCUAUCAGAGUAACAUGUAGAUAAAUUGGAAAUAGUUCAUUUGUGUGCGUUACUGAUAUUGUUGAUAGAGUAACAGAGGACACAGAAAAUUACAUGGAAACUUUCAAAUGAUUGUGUUACAUACAUGUAUUUGUUUAUUAUAUUUUGCUUUAUUUAGUGAUACAUUUUGUUAUUUGCUUAUAGACUUAUAAGCCUAUGGUUUGAUUUUUGUUUGAUUGAGGAAGUUGAGUAUUGAUGCCAUGUGUUUUUUUUAAAUUCAUUAGGAAGAUAGAACUGUUCAUUUAGUGAUUUACCCUCCAAAAUGGAGAGAGACUGCUUUUCCUCGGUAAUGCAGAAAACAAUUUUAUAUUGCUUUGGAAUUGCUUUGGAAUACAUAACAUUGUACAUCAGUUAAACAUUAAGUUUACAGCAAAAAGAACUAAACAUUGUAUAGAUUAAUGAAAUCAUUACUUUAAAAGCGACCGAAGGGGAAUGUGAUUUUUUCUACAUUAUUAAGAGUUGGUUAUAGUGGCAUUAAUAGAAUCUGUUUUGAAAAUUUGAUUUUAUGAACUUCUUUUUAUUUACCAAGUACUUAUAAAUAUUGAUUAAAAUAAAUAUGUUUUAUAAACAUGAUAAAUGUAAAAGUAAGUGCUAAAUACAUAUGAUGUCAAAUUCUUUUCCAAAGAUGCCGAUUCAUUUAUUUUCAGUUUAUUGUAUAUAUAUUAUUCCAGGUACUCUGAACUUAUCUAACAUAAUUUUGAGAGAUUUAUCACAAAUUCUUUCAAUAAACCAACCAACCGAUAAAAAAUCUGGCUGGUAUAGUUUACUCCUGUGUAAAUUUUCUUUUGGUUCCUAAGUUUAUAAAAUUCAUGAAUAUGUUACAUUUGUAAAUAAUGAUGUUAUUUUGGCACCAGCAGAGUUUUAUUACAUGUAUAAAUCAUAGGCAUACAUGUGCCCAUUGCACACAAACGAUUUGCAUUUUGAUAACUUUUUUGUGUGUGUAGAAUUUGAAUAAAUUGAUGAAUAUAUAUUUCUAUUAUACCAGUGAUUUAGAAAUAGGCAGUCUAAGAGUUAAUGUUUUUAAAUGAAAUUAGAUAAAAGAAUUUGUAGGACGAUUUAUCUGAUUUACUUUUUGAAAUUUAUAACAUAUAUUUAUUUUCAGUUUUGGCAGACCAUAUUUUUACAGCAUAUAUUUUGAAUAUUUUUUCAAAAAUAAUUUUUGGCAGUAGAAAAUAAUGUCUGUGUUGUCAUAUUUUAUAUUUUAGAAUUAUGAUCUGAACCAUUGGCAUAUUACGAAUCUUUUGCCCGCUAUUACCGUGUGUUUGAAUCCCACCUGAGAUUUCUGGGUCUGUCACUGUGUUGAAGCUAUUCAACAGGCUUAGGAAAAGCGACUGGCUCUGCUCAGUUGGUCAGACGUACUCGUAAAAUAUAUAUCAGAUGAUGGCGUGUGCCUGAAAUUUUUUCUUUAUGACAUGAAUUUUCAAUGCAGGUUAAUUUUGAUUUGACACAACAACACCAAAAAAUAUCGUGAUGUGCCAUCUGUUGGAAUCAGUAUGUAAUGCAUGUCUGUUAGAUAGUAUUUUUAUGCCCCCCCCCCCCUUCGAUGAUGAGGGGGUUUAUUGUCGGUCAGUCUGUCUGUUGAUCUGUCUGUCUGUUUGUCUGUCCGUCGGUAGACCACAUGGUUUCCGCUGAUUAUCUUGAAAACUAUUUAUCACAGUCUUCAUAUCUCACAUAUUGAUUGGUCAUAACUAGUAGAUGACCCCCAUUGAUUUUGGGGUCACCAGGUCAAAGAUCAAGGUCCUUGAAUGGUAGUAUGAUUUCAACUCAUGAUCUUGAAUGAUAAUUAUCACAAAGUCUUCAUAUUUCACAUAGUGAUUGGUAAUAACCAGCAAUUGACCCUUAUUGCCUUUGGGGUCAUUAGUUCAAAGGUCACGGUCACAGGCGCUUUAAAUGUCAAUGUUUUCCGCUUAUUAUCUUGAAAACAAUUUAUCAUAAAGUUUUCAUUUUUCACAUACUUAUUGGCUAUAACUAGUAAGUGACCCUAGUAAGUGAUUUUGAUGUCACUUGAUCGAAGGUCAAGGCCACAGGGUUCUUGAAUGUUAAUUUGGUUUCCGCUUAUUAUCUUGAAGCUAUCUAUUACAAAGUCUACAUAUUUCUAAAAUUGAUUGGUCAUAACUAUAAGAUAACCCCUAUUGAUUUUGGUUCACUAGUUCAAAGGUGAAGGUCACAGGGGCCUAAUUGUCAGAAUGGUUUCGCUCAUUAUCUUGAAAACUAUUUAUUAGAAAGUCUUCAUUAUUUUUCUUUUUUCCAUAAUUGAACACUUCCAUGUACCAAUUUAUGGCAAGUUUCUAUAACAAAAUUACCAAUAAUGUGAGUCAAUGGCUAGAAAGGGGGGCAUAUGUGUUGUUCGACAUUUCUUGUUUUUAUUGUGAAUCCAUAUGUUAUAUUGAAGCAUUUAAAGCAGGGUUUGCUUUAUAACUGCCUUUGCAUUUUAAAUAUUUGCCUUUUCAUACUAAUUUUGUCAUAAUGAAUCUAUCAGGCUUAUAAUUUGGAACUGCUCAUUCUUCAGAGGUUUUAAUUUUUAAAAAAAUCAAUAUCGAUCUUUGUUGCUUGACACACAGUUUGCAAUUAUAAGGCAUUAUGAACAUGUUUUAAUUAAGUUCUUAACUCCUAUAAUGAUUACACUUUCAGGUAAUUUGAAAAUUUUUGUAAAUAUUUGAGUUCUUUGUUUAAAAUGUGCAAGAGAUGUAACUGUUUUAAGGGCUUGGGUGUCUUUGGUUUGUUGUUAAUGAUCAGUGUUAGAGUAUUUGCUUCAAUAUCCCCUUGUUUGAUUAUACACUUAUAUGAUGAAGAAUUCAAUGGAAGAGUAGAGAAUUUACUCGCUUCAAGACGAUCUUAGACGGACGGGGGUCAUAAUUAUGACUUAAAAUUGGUUUAUUUUAGAUCUUCCAGUGGCAAGAGCUGAAGAUUUUCUAGUAGGAUUGCAAUAUUAAAAAGUUCUUGCCAUUGCCAUUUUUACAUAAGAUUACUCAGCUGUUUAUCUUUAUUUGAUGUACAAAAAUCAGAGUAUGUGUGCGUAUCAGGGUAGGUCGGAGGGGGCGGGGGUUGUAGGUGGGUUCUUCUAAUUUUGAGGGUCAAAGAUGUUAACCUACCAGCUAAAUUCUAUUUGAUAAUUCUGAUAUUGUAGAAGGCCAUAGAAUUCAAAGCAUAUCAUUUUUUCCCACUUUAAAUGAUAAUUUUAUGUACAACUGAAGAUAAAUUUAAAAGAAUAUUUUGCUCUCAUUCUUACUUCUAUACUUUACAUUUUUACAGUUGUUUAUGUAUUGUAUAAGAAUAACCAAACACUUUCAAGUGUACAUAUUUUAUGUAGACAGUGACAGUAAUUGAAGUGAGUUAGAAUAGCCAUUGAAAAUAAAACUGUAAAUAAUAAAA